AAGUACCCGGAAGAGACAAUACUUUGUGUUGAGUCCACAUGACACAUGAGUUGUCAUGUAUGUGCUGGAUGCAGGUGAGCGGUCGCGCGAUUUCGGGAAUUCCCAAAUACUAAACAAGGAAGAUGCGGUCUGGAGUUAUCGCAUAAUAUCAACACACUCUCUCCCAAUUUUGUGCCCGCCCCUUUCCUGGUGCUAAUAUCAGGUUUCUAUGUGGCUCCACAGAAAGAUCCAGCAGGUUGAAAUACGGCUUCUGUAAAGCCUUUGUCCUCAUUCGGUUCAUGUGACUAGGGAGCUUCUAAAGGUAAGAGUAAGCCAUAGUUUGCUAUGGCGAACCAGGAAGCCCCCAACCCCUCCUACACCGUCUUCGACCACUUUGUCCUAGCCCAGAGCUGCAAGGAUGUGCAGCGCUACUUUGCGGAGCUGUGUCACCACCUAGAGGUGGACCCCCAGGACUAUCACACCUUCUACUCCAAGCUGAAGGAGAAGCUCAACUACUGGAAGGCCAAGGCCCUGUGGGUGAAACUGGAUAAGAGAGCUGCUCAUCCAGAUUACCAGAACGGGAACGUUUGUGCUAAAAACAAGUGCCUGGUUCUGGGCGCAGGGCCAUGUGGGUUGAGGACAGCCAUAGAGCUGGCUCUGCUGGGAGCUCAGGUGGUGGUUCUGGAGAAGAGGGAGUCGUUUGCCAGGAACAACGUGCUGCACCUGUGGCCCUACACCAUCUACGACCUUCGGGGCCUCAGCGCCAAAAAGUUCUAUGGCAAAUUCUGUACCGGUGCCCUAGAUCACAUCAGCAUCCGUCAGCUGCAGCUGAUCCUGCUGAAGGUGGCUCUGCUGCUGGGGGUGGAGGUUCACACUGGGGUGGAGUUCCGAGGCCUGCAGGAGCCCUCGGAGAACACAGGCUGGAUGGCCAAGCUGCACCCAGAGUCUCAUCCUGCCGGAACCUUCCAGUUUGAUGUCUUCAUCUCUGCUGGAGGAGGACGCUACGUCCCUGAUGGCUUCAAGAGGAAGGAGUUGAGAGGGAAGCUGGCCAUCGGCAUCACAGCCAACUUCAUCAACAGACGCACGGCGGCCGAGGCCCAGGUGGCAGAGAUCAGUGGUGUGGCUCGGAUCUACAAUCAGAAGUUCUUCCAGGACCUACUCACAGAGACAGGUAUUGAUCUAGAGAAUAUUGUCUACUAUAAGGAUGACACCCACUACUUUGUCAUGACUGCCAAGAAGAAGAGCCUGCUGAAGAAGGGCGUCAUUAAGCAGGACUACGGUGAUGCAGAGCAGCUUCUGGCCGCGUCCAACGUGGACCGCGAGGCCAUGCUGCGUUAUGCCCACGAUGCGGCCCGCUUCUCCACAGGCUACCAGCUGCCUGAUAUGCAGUUUGCCCAGAACCACGCGGGCCGGCCCGACGUGGCCAUGUUCGACUUCACCUGCAUGCACCGCGCUGAGAACGCCUCCAUCGUCCGGGAGAGGAGGGGCAACAAACUGCUGAUUGGCCUGGUUGGAGACUGCCUGGUGGAGCCGUUCUGGCCCUUGGGGACAGGCAUAGCCCGGGGCUUCCUGGCAUCCUUCGACACAGCCUGGAUGGUGAGGAGCUGGGGUCUGGGCAAAGCGCCUCUGGAGGUCCUCGCACAGCGAGAGAGUGUCUAUCAGCUCCUGUCCCAGACAACUCCAGAGAACACCUGUAAAAACUACAGUGCCUACAGCAUCAACCCAACCACCCGCUACAAUCAGAUUAAGUUGACGUCCAUACAGGUCAACCAGGUGAAACAUCUGUACGACGUGGAAGACCCCCGUGAAUCCAACCGCCUCAGCCAAAAGCAAAACAACAAGCCUCGCAUGCGCAGAGAUUCAACAGGUUUUGAUGAGCUGCUGAAAUGGUGUCAACAACACACAGGCGGGUACAAGGGGGUGAAUGUGAAGGACCUGACUCAGUCCUGGAGGUCUGGUCUGGCUCUGUGUGCCCUCAUACACAACUUUAGACCACAGCUCAUUGACAUGGCCUCGCUGGAGGAGUCCAACACCGUCCACAACAACCAGCUGGCCUUCAGCGUCCUGGAGAGCGAACUUGGCAUCCCCCCCGUCAUGUCUGCCAGCGACAUGGCCACGCGCGGACAGAUAGACAAGUUGUCCAUGGUGCUUUACCUCACCCAGGUCCGCAAUGCCUUUUCCAAGAGAACGCCCCCUAAAGAGCCUCAGGCCCCGCUGACACCGUACAAAUCCAGUGCUUUCUCCCGGACCCAGUCUGCAGUGUUCUUCCUCAACAAGCUGAAGCACAACUCCCUGCAGAGGCGCAAGGAGAAGCUGGCAUCCAGGAGAGAAGCAAAGCAGAGAGAGAUGGGAGAUGAGGAGGAUCAAAUAUCCUCCCUCUCAGCCCCUGAGGUGAGUCCCAGGCCAGACCCGGACCCUGAGCCUGACCUGAACUGCAGCUCCCCGACAGGCAACUGUGAGGAGUGCUACUUCUGCGGUCAGAGGGUGUAUGUGCUUGAGAGGAUCAGCACUGAGGGCAAGUUCUUCCACCGGAGCUGCUUCACCUGCCAUCAGUGUGGCACCACCCUGCGACUGGGGGGCUACACCUUCAGCCAGGACACAGGGAGGUUCUAUUGUGAGCUGCACUCAGAGGAUCUGGAGCUGGAAAGCAUGAGAGAACCCAGAUCUUUACAGGAUGGAGAGGAGGAGACGGUAGAGUAUGGUGUCUCCGGUGAGGACGACGCUCAUUCUUCAGAUGAUAACACCCUGGACUGUGGCCUCGCGGGGCCACAGCCCGCUGAGGGCCAGAGGCCGCCCAGCCCGGCUGAGCCUGAGGAGGGGCCCCAGGAGCCCCAGCCACCCCCAGACCCUCCAGCCUGUCAGAGUGGACUCCAGCCUGGCGACGAGGACCAGAGGGGCGCCGAGACGUCCCACCCCGUUCCAGCGCCUCGCCCCUCGCGCUACGCCUCCCCCAGCCCUCAGCCCUCCCCUCCGGUGCCUAAACCUCGAUCCAUCCACCUGACCACCCUCAGGGAUCCCUCCUCCCCCCCUGAGCGGCUCACCCCCCCGGCCCCUUCCCAGGAGAACAGGACCCCCGGGCCAGCGGAGGCCGGCUCCAGACCCAAGCAGUCCCUACGGAAGCUCCAGCUGAGCGCCGAGGAGAAGGACCAGCUGCUGAACCUGACCUACAGCCACGACUCCGACUCGGAGACCCCCGGGGGCUCCUCCUCCUGCUCCUCUUCCUCCGCCACGGCGGGGGGGCCCAGCCCCCCCAAGCCCGGCCGGCACAGGGAGGAUCACUGGAGCGGCAGCUGGGGACCGGGGCCGCAGGUCCGAGAUCAUAGGAACCGGCGCUGCUUCAGACGGAAAGAGGAGCCCGGGGGCCAGAACCAGCCCGCCAAGGUCCGAUCCAAGUUCUCCCCCUGGAACCUCUCGUCCCCCAGGCUGGGCAGAGACCACAGACUCAGUGUCCUCAACAUCCACCCAGAAACUGCGGAUGAGUACGGCCACAAAGCGUCCGAGGAAGAGGGUGCUGAUGGGGAUGAGGACGAGGAUGACGACGACAUGUUUGAGAAAGAUGACAGCGAUUUGUUCGAUGAGAAGUUCCAGGCUAUCCCCUCGGACCCGGUGGAGGCCGGAAAGAUGGAACUGAUGAAGAUGAGAACCCUGGAAAGGCGGGCGAAGAUAUGCGAAAUGCAGCGCUUCACCAAGGCCCAGUCUAUCCAGAGGCGGCUGGAGGAGAUCGAGGUGACGUUCAAGGAGCUGGAGGAGAAGGGGGUGGUGCUGGAGAGGGCUCUCAGAGGAGAAGCAGGCGGAGGUGGUUCUCCUGAGAUGAUCGAACAGUGGAUCCAGCUGGUCCACGAGAAGAACGAGCUGGUCUCUGAGGAGUCGGACCUCAUGGUGGCGUCCAGACAGUUGGAGCUGGAGGACAAACAGAGCAUGUUGGAAAUGGAGCUGCGGAAACACAUGGAGCUAAGUGACUCUGAGAAGACGGCGGAGCAGCGGGCCGAGGAGGAGCGUGUCCUGCAGCAGAUGAUCGAGGUGGUGGACAUGAGGGACUCUCUGGUGUCCUUCCUGGAGGAGAAGAGGCUGAAGGAACUGAGCGAGGAGCAGCACAUCAUCACCAUCAUGGAGGCCAAGAGACACUCCUCGCCUGGAGCCCAGGUGCACUGGGCGUGAGAGGCAGUCACUUGGACGCUUUCUCACACACACACACACACAGACACACACACACACACACACACACAGAGACAAGUAUGAUGGAGAUGGAUUUGCUGCUUACAAACUCGGGUGCUGUCCUCCAUUUGCAAAGCCAAAGAUGUAUUGACUGUACAUUUGCAAAAGAUGCAUUGUCAAAGAUGAGUUGUGCUCUCGGGG